CGACCGCGGCUUGCAGGUUGCAGCUCGACAGCGGCCUAGCUCGCCGCCUCCCCUACCGUUCCCUCCCCAUCGUUCGCGGUCCGCCCUAUCUCCGUCGCCGUCGCGUCAUCUCAGGACGCUGCCCCGCUCCCACUACCCAUGGCGGCGAAGCAGGCGGCGCCGGGCGAAGCCCUUGCGGCUCAAAUCAACGCCAUGUCCCGCUCCGAGAUGUACGACAUGAUGUCCAAGAUGAAGACCAUGAUCGACCACGACCAGGAGACGGUGCGCCGCAUGCUCGUCGACAAUCCGGACGUCACCCGCGCGCUAUUUCGGGCACAAGUAGUACUUGGAAUGGUGAAAACGCCUAAAACUGCACAAUCUUCAGACAUGGUCCAACCUGCAGCAGCGUCGGCGGCACCAUCAUCAGUCAAAGUUACUGUGCCAGAUCAUGUGAGCUUGCCCCCACCGCCAUUACCUGCUAACCAGCAGAGUGUUGCUCAACAUUCUACCCCAUUCCCAUCUGGUCCAUCUAAUGCCGGAUCUACCAUGGACCUUCCUACUAUGUCAGCAAAUGCACAAUCGGCACAAACAAAAGGUUACCCUAUUCAUCAGAUGCCUUCAUCAGCUCCUCAGUCAUCUCAGCAUCCAAAUAUGAGCCUACCUCAUGCUCCUCCACAGUAUUCCAAUCUUCAAUCACAUGUGCCUAUAGUUCAUAGCCAGCCACAGCAACCUUUGCAAACUCCUGGAAUAUUUAAUCAACAGUUGCAACCACCUUUGCCCCCGAUGCCUAGGCCACAGUCCAUGCAAUCCUUUGCACAUCAGAUGCAUCAGCAAGUACCAAAUUCUUUUGGUUUGACUCAUGGAAAUGCUCCGCAGCACAUUUUGCAACAACCAAUGUUUCAUCCAGGUGGGAACCCUCAAACUUCUUUCCUUGCUGGCCAACCACCAUUGCCUAGCCAGCCACCACCACCACAGCUAUACCAGCAGGCUAGUUCACACUACAAUACUCAAAGUACAGCACCCAUGCAAGGUGAUAGGUCAGCUCCGUGGGGGCGGGGCCCAGAAGCGCCUGCUGCAGGCUCUCAUUUCCCUGGACAAUUACCAGGGUUGCCCCUGCCCGGGCAAAUGGCCCAAGGAAUUGGUGGUAUCCAGGCAGGACAAGCGCCUCUGACACCCGAGAUGGAGAAGAUGCUCGUCCAGCAAGUCCUGGGCAUGUCGGCUGAGCAGAUCAACAUGCUGCCUCCAGAGCAACGGCAACAGGUGCUUCAACUACGGGACAUGCUACGGCAAUGAUUUAUCGGCAGCUGACUGGGUAGAAGAGUUUCGGUUUCCCUGCCACAGAGAGGCCCUCGCUCAGCUUAUGCUGCGGGCGCCUGAUUGGCAUCCCGACUAGUCUGCGGCCUACCUUGGAGAUGUGGUUGUAGAAUGCUAAUCCUUGUCGCCAUUUAUAGAAUGCAUGGACAUUUUGGUCCAGUUUCCUCAAACUGGACGUUUUGUUUUGCGGCUUCAGUUUCAAGUUGUGUACUGUUCAGAUGAUAGAAGUAACUCCGGGCAUCUUUUUGGACCUUGACUCAUGUUUGUCGAUAUCUUUGCGAAAACUUUGGAGAUUAUACUUCA